AUGUUCUCCAGCAUCGCCACCAAAAUCGCCCUCAGAAAGGCCGGCAUCCCCAGCAACGCCCUCGACUUCUCCAACGAGCCACGCAAGGACAAAUACGCAUCCCAAUCCGAAGACACCAACUGGUCCGGCUGGCUCUCCUACAAAUCCCUCCCGCUAACCGUCCACCCGUGGUUCUCACCACCCCCUCCCACGACAUCAGUCCGCCCGAUCCCGCAAAUCGGCGACACCGCACCCCAAGACCUUGAACGCAAGCUCAUCAUCCCGCGUGGUCAGCGCGUUCUCGUCGUGUUUCUACGCUGUGUAGGAUGCGCAUUCGCACAAAAGACGUUCCUCAAUCUUCGAACCCUAGCGAACCGUCACCGCCAAUCCAUAACAUUUAUAGCUGUAAGCCACUCAUCUGAAGCGGCGACCCGUAAAUGGAUAGACAUGCUAGGCGGCGCGUGGAACGUCCAGGUUAUAAUUGAUCAGGACCGCGCCAUAUACGCAGCAUGGGGCCUCGGCACCGCCAACAUGUGGCAUCUUUUCAAUCCGACGACGCAGGUGCAGGGGUGGAAGGAGAAGGGCUGGCUGGGCGAAAAGGUCGCAGAGUCGAUUCAGCGAAAGGGUACGUUCCAGUCGAGGAGUGAAUUGGCGAGCAGGAAGCCGGCCGGGACGACUGAUCAGGAUGAUGAUGGGUUUUCGACCGCAAUGGGCAAUAAGUGGCAGGAAUCGGGGGCUUUUGCCGUCGACGGAAGAGGGACUGUUGUUUGGGGAGGCAAGGCAAUGAGAGCUGAUGAUGUUAUGGACUUGGAUGAGGGUGUCAAGCUUUUGGUGUUGUGA